GCGCGCACGCACGCACGCCCCGCCCCGCCACACGUCCGGCUCGCGAAUCCCGCGGGGGCAACCAAGCUCGGGUAGUCUAGGCUCCAGAAGUAAUGCCCCGGAAGGCGGGGCACGGAGAAGAGGCCGAGGCCGGCGCUGAAGAGUACGGCCCUGAAGAGUACGGCCACGAGGAGUCGGGCGCCGAGGAGUCCGGCCCGGAGUCCGACCCGGAGGAGUCGGGCGCCGAGGAGGAGAUGGAGGCUGGGCGGCCGCGGCCGGUGCUGCGCUCUGUAAACUCGCGCGAGCCCUCCCAGGUCAUCUUCUGCAACCGUAGCCCGCGCGUCGUGCUGCCGGUGUGGCUCAACUUUGACGGUGAGCCGCAGCCCUACCCGACGCUGCCGCCGGGCACCGGCCGCCGCAUCCACAGCUACCGAGGUCACCUUUGGCUCUUCAGAGAUGCAGGGACAUACGAUGGGCUUCUGGUUAACCAAACCGAAUUAUUUGUGCCAUCUCUUAAUGUUGAUGGACAGCCUAUUUUUGCUAACAUCACACUACCAGUGUAUACCCUGAAAGAGCGAUGCCUCCAGGUUGUCCGAAGCCUAGUCAGGCCUGAGAAUUAUAGGAGACUGGACAUCGUCAGAUCACUCUAUGAAGAUCUGGAAGACCACCCAAAUGUGCGGAAAGACCUGGAGCGGCUGACACAGGAGCACAUUGAAAAUCAACGGAUGGGAGAGGAAAUGGAAGAUUUUAAUUGAAACUUGGACUCCUACAUCUCAACUUUUGAUGGUACUGACGAGUCUUAAACUGGAUAUAGGACCGGUCACUUACUCUCUGUUUCAAAAUGUCUCAUUCUUGGAGUAAAAUAUGCUCCAUUGCUUAAAAAGAAAGUUAACUGACUUCACUAGGUAUUGUGAUAUUUAGGGGCAAACAUCACAGAAGUGUUACUUAGUGCCUGCCCUUUCUAGAAAGUAUUUAUCAGGAGAAAGUAGUUGUAUUUUUGCUUCCUAGUAAGUCAGGAAAUUUUCUGUGUAAGGAUGUUUGUAUAAGUCAUUCAGUAAGAAUUGCAGCAUCGCCUUUAAUUGUAAGAAAGCAGUGGUAUCUGCUUUUAAUUGACCUGUUGUGGUUGGUGAUGUGUCUGCCUUCUCCUUUGGGAAGACUGAGUCUUUCUCGAGGCAGGAACAAGUCUUUCUCCUCUUUGAGACCCCAGUGCCUAGCACAUUAUGAGCCUUCAGUUAGUGUUUGUUAGAUGAACAAACCAGUGGAUGCUUUGUUAGAAAUAGAAAGUGCUUGGAGGUUUUGCCUUUUUUGUUGUUGUGGGGGGGGGUUUCAAAGUGUAUACGGUAAACACAUGUCUUAAAGGGAAUCAUUUUUAUAGAAAGUGCUUUUUAUAAUUUUCUAAAUUGAGCACUAUUCUCAUUCCACUAUUGUUGCAAUUCUGUUUUAUUUCUGUUUCUAAACUAGGAUUGGUUUUCCACAGUUAUUGCGAUAAAAGCAUUUUUGUAACUUGACAUCUGCCCAGAAAAUAGGAGAAAAUCCUCAUGUUUAAUUCUAGUAUUAA